GCCGCCUGUGCCCACGCUCCUACGCAUGAGUCAGCCUGGCCUGGCCUGGGCAGGCGCCCGGAGGAGCCGGAGAGCUGGCCAGAGGCUGGGGGCCCGGCCCAAGUGCAGUCCGGUCACUCGGACCAAGGCAGGCCGGCCGCUGGAAUGGGAGGGAGUGGGGCUGUCGCCUUAGGGCACCUGUGUGCCUGGCAGCCCCUCGAAGAUGGACGUCCCCCUGAUUGCUCCCUGCAACCCGAAAGGGUUGGUCUGGGGUUCUAGCGGCUGGCACGAACCCUCCAGGCCCUGCCUGACCCCCUGCCACCGCGUGGAAGAUGCCUGAGCAGAGCAACGACUACCGAGUGGUGGUGUUCGGGGCGGGCGGCGUGGGCAAGAGCUCGCUGGUGCUGCGCUUCGUGAAGGGCACCUUCCGGGACACCUACAUCCCCACCAUCGAGGACACCUACCGGCAGGUGAUCAGCUGUGACAAGAGCGUGUGCACGCUGCAGAUCACCGACACCACGGGCAGCCACCAGUUCCCGGCCAUGCAGCGGCUGUCCAUCUCCAAGGGCCACGCCUUCAUCCUGGUCUACUCCAUCACCAGCAAGCAGUCGCUGGAGGAGCUGGGGCCCAUCUACAAGCUCAUCGUGCAGAUCAAGGGCAGCGUCGAGGACAUCCCCGUCAUGCUGGUGGGCAACAAGUGUGACGAGACGCAGCGGGAGGUGGACACCCGCGAGGCUCAGGCCGUGGCCCAGGAGUGGAAGUGCGCCUUCAUGGAGACGUCGGCCAAGAUGAACUACAACGUGAAGGAGCUUUUCCAGGAGCUGCUCACGCUGGAGACGCGCCGGAACAUGAGCCUGAACAUCGACGGCAAGCGCUCCAGCAAACAGAAGAGGACAGACCGCGUCAAGGGCAAAUGCGUCCUCAUGUGAGCCCAGAAGGCCCGCCACCAGCCGGCCCACGCCUCCCCCGCCGCCCCCGCGCCCCCUCCUCCGGCCCCUCCCCCUCCGCUCCGGCCUCGGGUCCUCCCCGCCUUCUUCUCUCUCCUCUUCCCUCACCCAGCACCUCUGUGGGGGCUUCCGAGGCCCCGGUGAGCCCGCGGCAGGUCUGGGGCUCCAACCUGGCCCUGCCGCAUGGCUCUGCCUCCCACCCCCGCCCCCCCAGGCCUGUCUGCACCCCCCAAAGCCAAGUGCCGGAGGUGGCCCCCUGGAUCCGCACAUGAGAAAACGGGGAAGCUGGAUGUCCCCGCUGGGGCCGAGGAUGCCGGGUCUUCCCUGUCUCUGCCCGUCUCUGUCUCUUUCCCGUGGGUGCCCCGAGCCACACCUUUGUCUCCCCCAUCAGAUCACUGUGACCUUGCUGGGGAGGGGAGCGCAAGUGCACAUGGACCUAAGAGUUUGCUCUCCCCGUUUCGGUGUUUGACACACGCUGCCCCUGCUCCGUUCCUCGUGACCUCUGGCCUGUGCCCCCACCCCAGGUCCCAGAACAGUCCUCGCCCCUGUCCCCACAGCCUCGGUGAGGGGGAGGGGCUCGCGGGAUGGGUCUCAGGCCACCAGGCAAUAACCACAGAGCCUGCCACGGUGCCGGGUCAGCCUGGAACCCCACUCCUCGCCCUGCCUGGGGGACCCGGGGUGCACCCAGGGGAGGCCUGGGACUGGCCCAUGGCCACAGCACAACUCAAGGGGACCAUCCAGAGUGAAUAUGGGGGUCUCCCCAGAGAUUGGUACAGCCUGUCACCUGUGAGCCUCAGGCAGGGGCCCAUGGGGUGCUGGGGAGGGGGUCCCCAGGACCCCAUCCAGGGGCAGGCAGCUGGACCCAGCACCAGCAGGGUCAGAGGGAAUCCAGGCAGAGCUCUGUCCAGCCCACUGCCUCCCGCCAACUGUGCCCCAGAGAGGGGGCGCUCUGCCCGGGAAGGUGUGUGUCUAUGAGAUUCUGAGUGCUCUCUGCGAGUGUCCGGAUAACCACGCGCGUGGGACCCUGAUGUGUAGGACCAGCGGGAAGGGGAGCCGCAGGCCUGGGGUGCGGAGGUGACCACGGGCUGGUGUGUUUGUGCCACGUGCUAUGCACAGGGAGACGGUUUAUGUCUAAGAUGUGUGCGUGUGUGUGUGUGUGUGUGUCUGUCAUUUGGCUGGUACGUCUAUGUCCCGGUCUUUAUGUGAUAGUGGUGGAGGCUCUAUGUAGGGGUGGGCAGUGUGGUGUGGACAGGACUGGCUCUUUGUGUCGAUGGGACCCUUCAUACCGGCAUUCAGGGGGAUUGUAAGUGGUCGUGCUUUGGGGAGUGGGUGACGUGAUUUCCAGGACCACAUCUGUAAGCCGUCUGUUCCGUCUGAGGAACGCUAAGCCCGUUCGACGUGGUAUCGAGGUUGCUCUCAGCUCCAACUCUGUAUCGUCAGCUGGUGGCGCCUACCACGACACCCAGCGCCAGAAACUGCACGCGCCAGUCGUCUCUGCUCCUGUGGGUCGGGAGUGCAGGCACGGGUUCCCGGAGACUUCCACUUGGAUCUCCGAGGCUGCGAUCCCCGUGUGGGCGGGCCGUGGUCUCAUCGGAAGGCCUGACCGGGGACCGAUUUGCUCCCAAGCUCACGCGGCUGUCAGCAGCAUUCCGUUUUCUGCAGUUUCAGGCCCUAGGGGCUCUGCUGCUCACUAGACGCCCCCGAGCGCCACCCGCGGCCCCUUGCCACCUGGGUCUCUCCCGGGGGUUGCUCACCGCUGGGCAUCCUGGGGCGUGACGGGGCUGUGUGUGCUUGCUUGUGUGUUCUUAGGACUGCCCUGCGUGUGUGCAUGUGCUAGAAAGACCAUGUCGCGGUACAGUGGACUGUUUGUGGGUAAGAGGGGCUAUUUCUGUCCAUCUUAGUGGCUGUGCGUUUGGUCCUGUCUGUGUUUGUGUGACUCCGCAAAUGUUUACUGGGCACACUGUGUAGAGAGGGAGGGAGUGUGUGUGUGCAAGUGUGUGUGUCACGGCCUGGCAUGGGGAUGGCCCCCUGGAAGAGCUGGUAGCAACCUGCCUGAGCACAGCUGAGCCCCCCCACCCUGCGGCGGGUCCAGGGUCCACCAGCAACUGGUGUUGCUCCCUUUCCCACCCCGGGAGCGUUUCCUGGGCCUUGCUGGGCAGGGGUCUGCAGCCCUUUCUCAGGGACACACCCUGAUAGCACAAUCUCCCUGGGGCCCCGCCCACCUCCAGGCCUCUCCCCCGCCCCAGGCCAUGGUCCCCUGGGGAGAAGGGGCUCCUGCCGCAGGAGGGACCUGAGAGCCCGUCCUGCCUGGGCACCCCUGGUUCUGGGGACCCUGCCAGGCCAUGCUUGCUGUGACUCCACCCCUGCCCCUUCUCCCCCCGCAUGUGGGUGCCCCCUGCCCCCCAUUGUGGGGUCUGUGUAGCAUUUGCUCUAGAAAUAGUCUUCCUGCAAUAAAGAAGUGGAUCCUGCA